AUGCAGCACCUCGACAGUACCAGGAGAUGCACCUGAAGCCUCGGUGCUAGCGCCCGAUGAGCAGCCGGUGGUGAACACGAGAGGCAAGAUGCCCGCUUUCUGGAGGCCUACAUGGUCAGCAGACCUGCACCUGGCCGCGGAGCUGGGCAAGACGCUGCUGGAGAGGAACAAGGAGCUGGAGGAGUCCCUGCAGCACAUGUACACCACCAACGAGGAGCAGGUGCAGGAGAUCGAGUACCUGGCCAAGCAGCUGGACACACUGCGGCACGUGAACGAGCAGCAUGCCAAGGUGUACGAGCAGCUGGACCUGACGGCCCGGGACCUGGAGCUGACCAACCAGAAGCUGGUGCUGGAGAGUAAGGCUGCCCAGCAGAAGAUCCUCGGGCUGACGGAGACCAUUGAGCGCUUGCAGGCCCAGGUGGAGGAGCUGCAGGCCCAGGUGGAGCAGCUGCGGGGCCUGGAGCAGCUGCGGGUGCUCCGGGAGAAGCGGGAGCGCCGGCGGACCAUCCACACCUUCCCCUGCCUCAAGGAGCUGUGUACCAGCCCCCGGUGCGAGGAUGCAUUCCGCAGGCACAGUUCCUCCUUGGAGCUGGGCCCACGGCCCCUGGAGCAGGAGAACGAGCGGCUGCAGACGCUGGUGGGGGCGCUGCGCUCGCAGGUGGGCCAGGAGCGGCAGCGCAGGGAGCGCGCUGAGCGCGAGUACACGGCCGUGCUGCACGAGUACUCGGAGCUGGAGCGGCGGCUGGGCGAGCUGGAGGGCUACCGCCUGCGCGUGCAGGAGCUGGAGGCCGAGCUCCUGGAGCUGCAGCAGAUGAAGCAGGCCAAGACCUACCUGCUGGGCCGGGAGGACCACCUGGCCGAGGCCCUGCUCCAGCCGCUCACCCACGCCCCAGAGGCCGACGACCCCCAGCCGGGCAGUGGCGGCGACGUGGACGCCCCGGAUGGCCUCUCCUCGCCGGCCGCCUCCCCCAGCCACGCCGUGCGCAAGAGCUGCAGCGACACGGCGCUCAACGCCAUCGUGGCCAAAGACCCGGCCAGCCGGCACGCGGGCAACCUGACGCUGCACGCUAACAGCGUGCGCCGGCGCGGCAUGUCCAUCCUGCGCGAGGUGGACGAGCAGUACCACGCGCUGCUGGAGAAGUACGAGGAGCUGCUGAGCAAGUGCCGGCAGCACGGGGCCGGCGUGCGGCACGCGGGCGUGCAGACCUCCAGGCCCAUCUCCCGGGACAGCUCGUGGCGGGACCUGCGGGGGGGCGAGGAGGGCCCCGCGGAGGCCAAGGCCGGGGACAAGAGCCUGAGCCAGCACGUGGAGGCUGUGGACAAGCGGCUGGAGCAGAGCCAGCCCGAGUACAAGGCUCUCUUCAAAGAGAUCUUCUCCAGGAUCCAGAAGACCAAGGCCGACAUCAAUGCCACCAAGGUCAAGACCCACAGCAGCAAGUGAGGCUCCCGCCUGCACCUCCAGGGCCCCUCCCUCUGCCGGUGGGGUCUGCAGCCUCCUCUCAGGCCUGGGGUCCUGCAGGGUCUGGUGAGAUAACAAACCUUAGAGUAAGCAAUACAUCAGAGCCGGCUUCCGUGGACGUACAGGAAGAGCCAGGGUCCCUGGCUUGGGGAGGGUGGCAGGGGAGGAGGUGAGGGGCAGUGUGUGUCCUGCUCACGACUCCCAGGAGCCCUGACCAUCCUGCCCAAUGUCCUCUAGCUCACUCUCCCCUCCCCAACCACCCCGAUGGGCCCCCAUCUCCCAUGCCAUGCGACCCCACGCCUCACCCUCAGCUUUGCCGCCAGGCUCGAAAGCCAUUGGGGACCCGCUGAUGUCUUUUCCAAGUUCUGCUUUCAGGGAGAUUUGCAAUGUCAGGUCUCUACACCGGCCCUUCGCCACCACUGGAAACACUUGAAGGGGGACCCAGAACCAGCUGUUGCCGGUCCUGCGGGCCCCUGGACCACUCACUGCUUUGCCCCAGCUGGCACCCUCUGCCUUCUUUGGCACCAGCUCUCUCACCCACCAGGUCAGGAGGCAGCCCCUGCGAUGCCUGGCUCUCCCCUGUACCCGGGACCUCUGCAGUCUUAGCCAACCAGAGGAGGGGAAGAGGGUACCCCCUUAGCCAUACAGGAAGCAGGCGUCCUCAGCCAGCCCCUGGGGUUUGAGCCCCUGAAAUGCCUGCCAUCUAGGUUAAGCCUUCAGGACUGGGGGGUUGGACACAUCUCCCCUCAAAGCAGGAGCUCGACCUCUGCCUUGCUUCUCCGCGCUGCCUCUGUCUCAGGGACCAUGGCGUCUCACCCGCUGGCCACCACAGAAUGCCCUGGGCAUGCACCACCAGCCAGUGGUCUCAGCAUCCGCUCUUAUCCACGUAUCCUCCCCGCACCCCACCUUGGGGACUGCCUGCUGCUUGCCACACUGGGGGUACUACACGGAACCUCCUCUGUCUCCAGAAAGCCACGCUUCAGCUCUGGAAAGCCCAGGAUCCCCAGCUCACCCUGAGCAGUUCUACCGAGCUUCCCAUAUUCCCCCUGCUGCCCACCCGAAGCCCUAGAACUAGGAGGAGCCAGGCAUCCUGGUGGGAAGACCAGAGACGCCAGGCUAAGGCCCAGCUGGGGACCGUCAUGCCUUACUUCUUUCUCGUAGGUAAAGGGAUCUUCUUACCACACAUGCCCGGGGGGGCCCUGCCCUGCUGCAGGCGGCACUAUGAGGAGGGCUGGGACCAGGCCACUGUCAUAUAGGGCGGAGGGAGGGCAGUGCAGGCUUCAAUCUGCUCACACCCCAGCUCUGUAGCCACCAGCCAACCUCCCCUUUGGAGUAUUCCUGAGAGAAAUAUAUUUACAAAUGCUUUAUUCUCUUCUUUAAUAAAAAACGCACCAGUAUUCUAAAAGCA